CGAUGAUUAGCACCGGCCCCUGCUCUCCCCCUCGUCCAAAUUUCCUUGCCGGCUCUUCGCCCGCACAGGGGAAAAACCAGGCUUGCCUUCGCACUCUGGCCGUUCACGCCGCGUUGCAGGCUAGAUACGCAAAACCAGCAAAAUGACGAGCGAAAAACUCGCCCGGGUCGUCGCCCGCCUCCAAAAUCUGCCCGCGAUCGCGCUCCCGACGGACUAUCCACGGCCAUCCGACGGCCAGCGCGUCGUCGAGGCCGUUCACGCCGCCGAGCUCCCCGAGCAGACCUCGCGCAGCCUCCUCAAGCUCACCGUCUUCACCGAGAACGAAGACGACGAUGCGGACGACGGCGAGGGCACCUCCACCUCCGCUCCCAACACGCCCUCCGCCUUCCAUCUCCUCCUGGCCGCCUUCUCCGUCCUCCUCCACCGCUACACGGGCGACACCGACCUCGUCAUUGCCUCCUCCUCCGCCUCCUCACGCGACCCGCUCCUCCUCCGAUUAGGCGUCGACCCUACCGAUCCCUUCUGGGCCGUCGUGCGCAAGGUUCAGCAAGCAGAAGCCGAGGCCGAAGCCGAUCUUGUACCGUACGACGACAUCCUCCGCGCGCUCGGCAAGGCCUCAGGAUCGGGCACAGGAGAUGACAGCACGCGCCCGCUCUUCCGCGUGCGCUUCUUCGACGAGACGGACGAGAAGGACCACUUUGUGCGCUCGACGAGCCUCACCUCUGACCUCACCAUCUUCGUCAUGCGGCCCCCUGCCUCCACCCACCACUCGCUCGCGCCCAAAAUCAGCCUCCGCAUUCUCUACAACUCUCUCCUCUUCUCCCCCGUCCGCAUCGCCUACGUUGUCGAGCAGCUCUCCACCCUCCUCCGCAAGGCCGCCGCGAACCCGCUCGCGCCCGUCGGCGCCGUUCCGCUCCUCACCUCGUCCCAGCGCGCGCGCCUGCCCGACCCCACGGGCGACCUCCACUGGUGCGACUUCAAAGGCGCCAUCCCCGACGUCUUCUCUCGCAACGCGCGCGCCUUCCCCGACCGGCCCUGCGUGAUCCAGAGCUACGCCGCGCCGAGCCUCGACGUGCGCCAGGAGCGGAGGUCGUACACGUACGGCCAGAUCUGGCGCGCGUCGAACGUGCUCGCGCACCAUCUCAUCAAGGGCGGCGUGCAGCGCGAGGAGGUCGUGAUGGUGUACGCGUACAGGAGCGUGGAGAUGGUCAUCGCCGUCAUGGCCAUCCUCAAAGUCGGCGCCACGUUCUCGGUCAUCGAUCCCGCCUACCCGCCUUCUCGCCAGACCAUCUACCUCCGUGUGGCCGCCCCUCGCGGUCUUGUCGUGCUCAAAGGCGCCGGCACCAUCAGCCCGUCCGUGCGCGACUUCAUCUCCACCGAGUUGCAGAUCCGCGUCGAGGUGCCCGCGCUCGAGCUUCUCGCGGACGGGACCGUUCUCGGCGGGUCCCUGGGCGACGCCGACGAUGCCCUUGCCCCUCAACGGGAGCUAGGGACGACCGACCCCGGGAUCGUGCUCGGCCUGGACAGUGUCGCCACGCUCUCGUUCACGAGCGGAAGCACGGGCAUUCCCAAGGGCGUCAAGGGCCGGCAUUACAGCCUCACGCACUUUUUCCCGUGGAUGGGCGAGCGGUUCGGGCUCGGCGAGCACUCGAAGUUUACCAUGCUGAGCGGGAUCGCGCACGAUCCCAUCCAGCGCGACAUGUUCACCCCGCUGUUCUUCGGCGCCGAGCUGCACGUCCCGACGGCGGACGACAUCGGCACGCCCGGCCGGCUCGCGGAGUGGAUGGCCGACAGCGGCGUCACGGUGACGCACCUGACGCCGGCCAUGGGCCAGCUGCUCUCCGCGCAGGCGACGCGGCAGAUCCCGUCCCUCCUGAACGCCUUCUUCGUCGGCGACGUGCUCACGAAGCGGGACUGCCUGCGUCUCCAGGCGCUGGCCGCGAACGUGCGGAUCGUGAACAUGUACGGCACGACGGAGACGCAGCGCGCGGUGUCGUAUUUCGCCAUCCCGAGCGUGGCCGAGGACGCGACGUUCCUCGCGACGCAGAAGGACGUGAUGCCCGCCGGGGAGGGGAUGGUCGACGUGCAGCUGCUCGUCGUGAACAGGACGGACAGGAACGUGUUAUGUGCGGUGGGCGAGGUCGGCGAGAUAUACGUGCGCUCGGGCGGGCUCGCGGAGGGGUACUCCGAUCCGCAGGCGACCGCGGAGAAGUUUGUGGGGAACUGGUUCGCGGACGGCGCGCCGCCGCCGGAGGACACGAUAUCGCAUCCGCCGGGUGGGGGCGAGCCCGGCCCUGAGGCGAAGUACUGGAAGGGCGUGCGGGAUAGGAUGUACCGCUCGGGAGACCUCGGGCGGUACCUCCCCGACGGGAUCGUGGAGUGCACGGGCAGGGCGGACGACCAGGUCAAGAUACGCGGGUUCAGGAUCGAGCUCGGCGAGAUAGAUACGCAUCUGAGCCAGCACCCGCUCGUGAGGGAGAACGUGACGCUCGUGCGGAGGGACAAAGACGAGGAGAAGAUCUUGGUCAGCUACUUUGUCCCGCUCGAGGGGGCCGGUCUUGGCGAGUACGAGAGCGACGUGCCGGAAAGCGAGGAUGAGCGAGGGCUCGUGAGAGGGAUGAGGCGAUACAGGCGGUUAAUCAGGGAUAUCAGGGAGCAUCUGAAGAAGAAGCUGCCGAGUUAUAGCGUGCCUACCCUGUUCGUCCCGUUGAAGCGCAUGCCGCUCAACCCGAACGGGAAGAUCGACAAACCCGCCCUUCCGUUCCCGGAUACCGCACAGGCGGCCACGGCGGAGCGACCCAAGGGCCCCACCCGCGAGGCCACGCCGACCGAGCAGGCGAUGCAAGCCAUCUGGGCGCGCAUCCUACCCAACGCGCCGUCGCCGAUCCCGCUCGACGAGAACUUCUUCGACCUCGGCGGGCACUCGAUCCUCGCGACCCGGCUCAUUUUCGAGAUUCGCAAGACGUUCGUCGUGAACGCGCCGCUCGGGCUCGUGUUCGAUCAGCCGACGAUCGGCGGGCUCGCGGCCGAGGUCGACGCGCUGAGGAACUCGGAUCUGGCCUUUGCGUACAGGGACAACGGCCAGCGUCAGCAGCAGCCGUCUUCCUCUCAGUUGGCGGUGCCCGGUGCUGUGCCCGCGAAGCCGGCGAGUUCGUCUGCGCUGGAGUACGGGAAGGACUACGACACGCUCCUGUCCAAGCUACGCGCGUCCUAUGCGCCGCUUCCGCCUGAUUUUGGCACGAAACCGCUGACGGCGUUCCUCACCGGCGCCACCGGCUUUCUGGGCGCGUUCAUCCUCGCGGAUUUGCUUAGACGCCACGACCAGGUGCAAAAGGUGAUAUGCUUGAUUCGCGCGUCGAGCGAAGAGAAGGCGCUGGCGCGGUUGAGGGAGCUAUCAACCGAUCGCGGUGUUUGGGACGAGGCGUGGGUCACGUCUGGAAGGCUGAGCGUCGCUAUCGGAGAUUUGGGCCAGGAAAGGCUCGGGCUCGACCAGGCGGCAUGGGAGCGAGCGGCCGCAGAGGCUGAUGUGGUCCUUCAUAACGGGGCUCUGGUGCACUGGGUUUACCCCUACGAGAAACUGCGCUCGCCCAACGUACUGGGCACGCUCACGGCCGUGGACCUCGCCGCCACUGGGAAGCCGAAAUCUCUCGUGUUCGUCUCGUCGACCUCGGCCAUCGACGUCGAGCACUACGUUCGCUUGUCCGACUCUCUAUCUGGCAACCCCGACGGGCAGCGCGGUGUGCCGGAAGACGACGACUUGGAGGGCGCGCGGUCCUCGCUUAAGACAGGCUACGGGCAGAGCAAGUGGGUAUCCGAAAAGCUGCUGUUCGAGGCGGGCAGGCGCGGGCUGAAGGGGCACAUCGUGCGGCCUGGCUACGUCGUGGGAGAUUCCCGAACCGCCGUGACGAAUACGGACGACUUCAUCUGGCGUUUGGUCAAGGGAUGCGUGCAGCUCGGCCUUGUCCCCGACAUCAACAACACCGUCAACAUGGUCCCUGUGGACCACGUCGCGCGCGGUACCGCGCUCGCGGCCGUUUCGCCGCUGGAGGAUCCGGGCAUGACCGUGCUGCACGUCACCGCGCGGCCGACGCCGACCUUCAACGACAUCCUCUCCUCUUUGGCGCGGUACGGCUACGGCACCGCGCCGUGUGAAUACGUGGUCUGGCGGCGCAAGCUCGAGCAGCACGUCAUGGAUGUCCAGGACAACGCGCUCUUCCCGCUGCUGCAUUUUGUGCUCGACGAUCUGCCGACGAGCACGAAGGCCCCGGAGCUGAACGACGCGAACAUGGUCAGGCUCUUGGGAAAUCACGGGAGCGAGCCGAAUAUGACGGUGUCGAUCGAAUUGAUGGGCAAGUACGUCGCUUGGCUGGUCGAGGCGGGGUUCCUGCCUGCGCCGUCGUCGCGGGACGCUCAGGUGCCGCUGCCGGCGCUCGAUCGAUCGGGCGAAGUGAGAGCGGUCGGACGUAGUGGGGCGUAAUCAAAGGGGCCAACCCCUAAAAGCUAGAACGAAAAAUGUAUCAUAUUUCGGAUACGGCAAUGUAGAUGUAGGGCAACAUAUCGAAGA